AAAACUCUCUCAAUUAAAAAAAAUAGGGAGCUUUCUUGUAGAAUUGAUUUGUACAUCUGGUUUUAACGUAGCAGCACUUGUCUUUAUUUUUUUUUUGUUUUAAAAAGAUUAGACAACGUAACCAAAACUGUUUCAUCUUUGUCUGUUUUGUGACUUGUCUUGGUUUCUGGUUUUCUCCCUCAUCUCCCUCUCUAUCUCUGUUUCUCGGUGCAUUUUCUAUUUUCCCCUUUCCGGGAAAGUUUCGUCAGAUUCGGCAAAAAAUUUCAAAACUUUCGAAUCACAACUUCGUUUGAUCUUUCAACAAAGUCUCAACCUUUCAUCUCUUCUCAGAUCGAAUCUCAUCUUCACCGAUUAGAGAUUAAAAAGAUCGGAUCUUUCUUCAUAUCUCAAUUACCUGAGAAAGAAAGCUCUUUACUUUUUUACAUUGAGAUUCACCUGAAAAAGAAGAAUCCAAUUCCUCUGGAUCGAGGAAGAUCGGAAUCGAAACCGAUUAGCUUUGUCUUGACGACGAUGAAGCCGCCAUCAGGUUCGUUAGAUAGCUGGAGGGAGUAUUUCCGGCGAGGAGAUUCCGAUAUCUUCGGGAUCAUCGAUCACGCCAUCAUGGUCGCCGCCGCCGAUUGCCCCAACAAAUUCAAAUCGAGGAGAGACAAAAUCGCCGAGCUUCUCUUCUCCUGCAGAUUGAGUCGCUGCACCGGUUGCGACCACCUCGAGCUGUCCGUUCCCGGACACGACGACAACGAAGAGGAUGCUAAUAAUACGACGGUUGAUGGUGGUGGUGGUGGUGAGGCUGGUGGGAGUAAAGAGAGCAAAGCUAAUAGUAGCAGAGGAGAUAACAAUCAUAUUAUCAACGAGACGAAGAAUCUGGUGAAUGGCGGCAAUUAUAGUUAUGAUGAUGAAGCUGAGGCUUUGAGCGAUGCGAUUGAAGAGUUUUCUAUGGUGUCUAAGGAAGUUUGUAGGAUUAAGGAGAUCUUCCUCAACAAAGACGAUGAGUCACAAUCGGUGAUACUUGAAUCCCUGAGGAAGCUGAAGCUCAUGUCUUUGAAUGUGGAUAUUCUCAAGAGUACUGAGAUUGGAAAGGCUGUAAAUGGGCUGAGGAAACAUGCUUCUGAUAAGAUUCGUCAGCUUGCAAAGACUCUCAUCGCAGAGUGGAAAGAGAUCGUUGAUCAAUGGGUGAGCACCACCAAGGAAAUCGCUGGUGCUCAAGGUACACCAGAGUCUGCAAACCCAUCUGUUGUUGAUGAAGAAGAAGAAGAGGAAGAAGAAGCGUUUCCAUCGCUUCCAUAUGAUGUUGAUAUCUUCACACCGGAAGCAAACGGAUUUGAAAUGCUAAAUGGAGACUUCUUUGAUUCCUUGGACUUUGAUGGAAAUCUUUGUAACUCAGGGGAACACAACACGAGUAGCCGAGAACAAGAAAGAAGACCACAGAAUAUCUCCAAGAGAAGACCUGAGGGAACACAAACGAGGAUACAAGACGCUCCUUUUAGAUCUAUCAAGCCAUCAUCAUCAUCAGCUGAUGGGACUAGAAGACCACAAAAGCAUAAUACAACAGAACAGAGGAUGAUGAAGAACGAUGUGGUGUCUGUUCACAACAAGUCCGAGAAGCCCAUGAUCCCUAGGAGGAAACCGCUUGCGAGACCUCAACAAGAAAAACUUAAAGGUCUUGAUGCAGACGCGAAGUUUGAGUUUGCUAAGAGGAAACUUCAAGAGAGCUACCAACAUCAUGAGAACGCCAAGAAGCAGAGAACAAUACAAGUACUCGAGACGAUCCCAAAGCAAGGCAACUCUCAGAAACCGCAGCUCAAGAGACCUGGAAUGAACAACAGGAACUGGGCCAACGGACGUAAAUAGCUUCUUCUCUCCGAUGAGAUAAUUUCAAUUCUUACAUACGACCGACAUACCACAAAUAUCAUUUCUGGUUGAAAUAAGCAGAGGAGAGAAAGAGCAGAUUCCACAACUCCCAACUUUUCUUUCAAACAGACUGUUUACUCCUCUGUUUUGUUACUUUCUCUGUUCUACUAGUAACUACUACUACAUUCUUGAGACUUUCGGUACAGUUCCGGUUUAGUUUAUUCCGGUUUGGUUCGAGUCAUGUUCGGUUCAGGGACAUCAGAGAAGUGAGAGAGAGGUCCCCCUUCUUCUUUUAAAAAUUGUAAAAGAGAGUAGAAAAGUAUUUUUCUGAAAUUGACCGGCUCUUCACCUAACUUUGUACAGUGAACGUGAAAUGGUUUGGGACACGAUACAGAUGACUACAUUUUUUUUUACAAAAUAAAUAAAAUAUAGUUCGUGAA